CAAGUUAUAGCAAACCCAAUGAUAAACUCAUAAACGGAAGUGUCUUUAGCUGAAUCUGGAGGACUAGAAAGUCGAAAGCAUCUCCACAUUUUGUUCGAGGAUGGAGAUGUCCUCUUGGGACGAAUGGGUAGAGCUAGCACUUUCGAAACUAGAGUCUAUGAAAGUCUUGCGGUCUCUAAGACCCAUUCACUACUCUAGUUACCCCUUCGAAAUUAAACCCAAAAUUGACCAUGCCUUCAAGGUGUUCGACGAUAUUCGCCAAUGGGAUAGAGCUUCUGUUGAGAUAGAGAUUGCAGAGUCUACAUUUAACAGGUGGCUCCUAGAUGUUCCCAGUUCUGGUGAUGACCUUACAUGUGACAAUGCAGAUCUUGAAGGUGAAUCAGGGUCAUUCUCUAAGCAAUUGAGAAAGCUACUUCUAUUCUCUGGAAAUGAUUACUUGGGGCUAAGUUCACAUCCAAUGGUUGCCAAGGCUGCCACAAAGGCAGUUCAAGAACAUGGGAUGGGACCAAGAGGUUCUGCUCUAAUCUGUGGUUAUACAACUUAUCACAGAUUAUUGGAAUCAUGUUUGGCAGAAUCAAAGAAUAAAGAGGACUGCCUUCUGUGUCCCACAGGGUUUUCAGCCAAUAUGGCUUUCAUGACAGUAGUUGGAUAUGUCGGCUCUCUCUCAGAUAUAAACAAAACUCAUUUGAAGGAAGGUGUUGCCAUAUUUUCUGAUGCUUUAAAUCAUGCAUCAAUAAUUGAUGGUAUUCGGCUUGCAGAGAAGCAAGAAAUUGUGCAGGUUUUUAUCUAUAGGCAUUGUGACAUGGCCCACCUUAAUGUAUUACUAUCGAAUUGCAUGAUGAGGAAAAAAGUUGUUGUGACUGACAGCUUGUUUAGUAUGGAUGGAGACUUUGCACCAAUGGUCCAGCUUUCCAAGCUUCGCAAGAAGCAUAAUUUUUUAUUGGUGGUUGAUGAUGCUCAUGGAACACUUGUUUGUGGGAAGAGUGGUGGGGGUGUACCAGAGGAGUUUGGGUGUUCAGAUGAUGUUGAUAUAUGCAUUGGCACUCUUAGUAAAGCUGUGGGUUGCCAUGGUGGUUUCAUUGCUUGCAGCAAAAAGUGGAAGCAGCUGAUACAAUCAAGGGGACGUGCUUUUAUAUUUUCAACUUCUACCCCUGUACCCAUCAUUGCAGCUGCACAUGCUGCUGUGGUGGUGGCAAAGAAGGAGACAUGGCGUAGAAAAGCUAUUUGGAAUCGGGUGCAAGACUUUCGUAGUCUUACUGGGAUUCCCAUCACAAGUCACAUCAUUUCUCUUAUAGUUGGGAGUGAAGACCAAGCUCUGCAAGCAAGCCGGCACAUGCUGAAAUGUGGAUUUCAUAUAACUGCAAUCAGGCCCCCGACUGUUCCACCUAACUUAUGCAGGCUGCGGAUCACUCUGAGUGCAGCACAUACUAGAAAUGAUAUAAGAAAACUCACAUCUGCAUUAUCCCAAUGCAUAAGUUUAAGAGAGAGCGGAUAUUUCUACACAAAUGCCACACCAAAACUCUAGCAUGUGAUGGCUGCAUAUAAGGAAAUUGGAAAGUAAUAUAACAAUCUUGUGAAAAACCAUCACAAAUACUCUGUCAUGUUUUGCAUCCAAAUGGGUGUUUCCAACAUCUCACCAACAAACUCUAACUAGUAUUUGUGUGCCUUCUCUCAUAAUUUGUUGUCUUGGAAGCAAUUUAUAUUAGAUUGUUUUGGGCUGUAUUAUGCAUAUGGGUAUGGGUAUGAUAGCAGGUUAAAAGAGUGAGUACACAUCCAUUUUGGAUCGAAAAAUUUGUGUGAAUUUAAAUCAAAUUUGGAAUGACACAAUUAGGUUUAUGUUC